AUGUCUCCGAUGCCUCCGGGAUUUGGUUCUACGGGAGACCAAAAUACGCCGGUCCCUCCAGGGCUUGGAUGUACAGGACGCCAAAUGUCUCCGAUGCCUCCGGGAUUUGGUUCUACGGGGGACCAAAAUCCGCCGGUCCCUCCAGGGCCUGGAUGUACAGGACGCCAAAUGUCUCCGAUGCCUCCGGGAUUUGGUUCUACGGGAGACCAAAAUCCGCCGGUCCCUCCAGGGCCUGGAUGUACAGGACGCCAAAUGUCUCCGAUGCCUCCGGGAUUUGGUUCUACGGGGGACCAAAAUCCGCCGGUCCCUCCAGGGCCUGGAUGUACAGGACGCCAAAUGUCUCCGAUGCCUCCGGGAUUUGGUUCUACGGGAGACCAAAAUCCGCCGGUCCCUCCAGGGCCUGGAUGUACAGGUCGCCAAAUGUCUCCGAUGCCUCCGGGAUUUGGUUCUACGGGGGACCAAAAUCCGCCGGUCCCUCCAGGGCCUGGAUGUACAGGACGCCAAAUGUCUCCGAUGCCUCCGAGAUUUGGUUCUACGGGAGACCAAAAUCCGCCGGUCCCUCCAGGGCCUGGAUGUACAGGACGCCAAAUGUCUCCCAUGCCUCCGGGAUUUGGUUCUACGGGGGACCAAAAUCCGCCGGUCCCUCCAGGGCUUGGAUGUACAGGACGCCAAAUGGCUCCGGUGCCUCCUGGAUUUGGUUCUACAGGAGACCAAAAUCCACCGGUCCCUCCAGGGCUUGGAUAUAUAGGACGCCAAAUGCCACCGGUGCUUCCAGGAUUUUGUUCUAUAGGACACCCAAGUUCACCGGUUCCUACAGGGGUUGGUAGUACAGGACGCCAAAUGCCACUGGUCCCUCCAAGGCUUGGUUCUCCAGGAGACCGAAAUCCAAAAGUCCCUCCAGGACUUGAUCCGUAUCGUAUAAGUCUUGCUGUAGAUCUGCGUAUCCAUGGUGGCGGUGAUUCAGCGAAGAGAAAUGGAAAACACCACAUCUUGUCACGAUACGAGUUCUCAGUACAACAUAACAGAUGCAACUGA